GCGCAGCGUGGCCCCGCCCCCGGGCAACGAGGCCCCGCCCCCGCCCACGGCCGUGCUGCCAGGGUGCGGUCCUGGGGAGCAAGGUCUAGUCCGGCAUCCGCGAUCGCUCUCCCUCUCCCGCCUUCCAUUGCCUCAACUUCCCUCCGCCUACCGGCGCGCCGGGCCCGGGUCUGUGGUCACGUGCACGGCGGCGGGCAAGCGCCAUGAGGCGGGUGGCGCUGCGGCUUUGUACCCUGAGCAAAGGGCUGCUUGCUCCCAGCAGAGGACUGACUCAAGGAUCUCAGAAUCCCGAGAAACAGAGAGUCUUCCACAUUCAUGAAGCAUGUUCACCAAUACAUGUGAAUCAUGUUCGAGAUAAGUUGCGGGAGAUAGUAGGAGCAUCCACAAACUGGAGAGACCAUGUGAAAGCAAUGGAGGAAAGAAAAUUACUUCAUAGUUUUUUGGCUACGUCACAGAAAGGACUGCCACCUAGGAGAAUGAAAGACAGUUACAUUGAAGUUCUCUUACCUUUGGGCAGUCAGCCUGAAUUACGAGAGAAAUACUUGACUGUUCAAAACACUGUAAGGUUUGGCAGGAUUCUUGAGGAUCUUGACAGCUUAGGAGUUCUUAUUUGCUACAUGCACAACAAGAUUCCUUCGGCUAGGAUGUCUCCUUUAUCGAUAGUUACAGCCCUGGUGGACAGGAUUGAUAUGUGUAAGAAGAGCUUAAGCCCAGAACAGGACAUCAAGUUCAGUGGCCAUGUUAGUUGGGUUGGGAAGACGUCCAUGGAAGUGAAGAUGCAUAUGUUCCAGUUACACGACAAUGAAUUUUCCCCUGUUUUGGAUGCGACAUUUGUAAUGGUGGCUCGUGAUUCUGAAAACAAAGGGCCGGCAUUUGUAAAUCCACUCACCCUUGAAAGCCCAGAGGAAGAAGAGCUCUUUAGACAAGGAGAAUUGAACAAGGGGACAAGGGUCGCCUUCAGCUCCAUGUCAUUACUGAAAAUGGCUCCCACUGCUGAGGAGAGGACAACCAUACAUGAGAUGUUUCUUAACACGCUGGAUCCAAAGACUAUAAGUUUUCGAAGUCGAGUUUUGCCUCCUAAUGGAGUGUGGAUGGAGAAUUCAAAACUGAAGAGCUUGGAUAUUUGCCACCCUCAGGAGCGGAACAUUUUCAAUCGAAUCUUUGGUGGUUUCCUUAUGAGGAGAGCAUAUGAACUUGGAUGGGCUACUGCUUGUAACUUCGGUGGUUCCCGACCAUUUAUAGUCGCCGUGGAUGAUAUCAUGUUUCAGAAACCUGUUGAGGUUGGAUCAUUGCUGUUUCUUUCUUCGCAGGUUUGCUUUACUCAGGGAAAUUACAUUCAAGUCAGAGUACACAGUGAGGUGGCCUCUCUACAGGAUAAAGAGCAUAUGACCACCAAUGUCUUUCAUUUCACGUUCAUGUCGGAAAAAGAAGUGCCCUUGGUUUUCCCCAGAACCUAUGGAGAGUCCAUGUUGUAUUUAGAUGGGCAGCGGCAUUUCAGCUCCAUGAGUGCACCGGUGACCUUGAAAAAGGACUGCCUCAUCGAGCCCUAGGAAGACUGUGUUUGUUAAAGGCCAGUGCCCCACAGUGACAUGGUUCCUGAUGAAGGCCUGAGCGAGUGUAUUGCUCUUAGUGUUUAUUCUCAUCCUCCAUAGAGAAGAAGGAUGUAUUCAGCUUUUAGGUUGAUCAGAAAAGUAGAAUGAGAGAAUGGCUGGGUGGGGCAGAGGGGGAAAGAAUUAUUGAAUAAUAAAUACUUUCAAGACAAA